GUGGCACUGCAGCGCGAGCCAAGUCGUAAUACCGCCGCUCACGCGCUCCUCGGCUCUCAUUCUCUAGAAGAUGGCGGACUGCGUUUCGCUGUUAGAUGAGGAGCUCUCUUCCUUCGUCUUCAAUUACCUGACAGAAAACUCCGGGAGCCCGUAUGGGGAGGAGGAGGUGUGCUCAGAUCGCCUGGACACUGAUUUCCCCGACUUCGACCUCUCUCAGCUGGACACCAGCGACUUUGACUCAGUGAACUGCCUCAGCGAGCUACACUGGUGCAAUGACCACUCAGACAGCUCCCCCGCCUCCAUACAGUACAGCGCAGGGGACGCCGAGCUCUUCGAGACCGAAGAGGAGAAUGCGGCGCUGCUCGCCGCUCUCACAGACAGCCUGGAUGGCAUUGUGGAGGACGGGGUGGGGGGGCUGUCUGUGUUCCCCUCGCUGGGUGAAGACCCUGAGGAGGAGGAGGAAGACGAGCUCCUUUUGGAAAGUGAGCCUGUCCAAGGCUCGCUGAGCCCAGAGACAGAAGACCCGUCUCUACUGAAAAAGCUCCUGCUGUCCCCCCCAAAUGUGCCUGUGGGUCUGGACUCAAACAGAUUGAGCAGUGCGCUCAGUAAGACUCAGCAACUCAAGUCUACCCGUCCUCUUCUGAAGAAGAACAGAACAUGCACAGUGGAGAGGAAGCCGCGAGCGUUCAGGCCUGCUGGUCAUCUCUGCACUGAGCUGCACCGCCACCUCACCCAGGAGGCCAACACUGAGGACACACCUGCAGCUGAUACCGAGGAGGAGGAAGAAGAGGAAGAUGAGGACAGUGACUCGGAGGAUGAGGACGGGGAGGAUGAAGAGGAAGAGGAGUCUUCAUCCAGCAGUGAGGUGGAGAGCACCGUGUGCACAGAGCCACUCGAGCCUCAGUUCCCCUCAGAGAAGGAGCGUCACUCUGUGGUGGAGCUGAUCCGCUACAUGCACACAUACUGUGUACCAUCACGCAAGCAGGCCAGCUGGGACCGCAAGGAGCGCGAAAAUGUGACACGCAAGACCAAACCUGAAAACCCUGCAAUCCCCCGUAAUGCCGCCCCCAGCUGUCUUAAACCUGUCAUCCAACCCACCCCCCUCUCCUACAGCAGCACCAGUAAAGGAGCUAAACCCAAGAUUCCUUUUGUACGGCGCAGAGAAACGAAAGCGCACUCCCUGCUUAAGGAGCUGCUGGAGGCUGUUGCUUCCUUUGAUGUGAGCAAGCCUUACAGACUGCACAGCCCCCCGUACAGCCACAGCAGGACCACCGCAGCCCGGCCCAAAGCUGAGCACAAAGACACAAGUGUCAUCGAAGGCUCUCAGGUGGCUGCCAAGCGGCCAAAAUGCCCCGAAAUAGAUGAGGGCUCAUUUUCGGUGCGCCGCUCUCGCCGCUUAGCCUCCUUCCCGAGCCGAUUUGCAAAGAGAUCACGUUCGAGUGGACACUCAAGUGAGGAGGAGAGCUCAGUCCACCACCUUGCCAUGGAUUCCCCUGCCGAAGACAGCAUUGAGAAAGCAGACUCCCAGAAGAGCCCUGAAACCCCAAACCUCUGCUGUAAUGACGAAAAGCGUGCCUGCCUCUGCCUGCCGCUGACUCCUAAAUCCACAGGAGAUCCAAGCAGGCCCUUUGAGCAGACUCUCUGCGUGGAACUGUGCGGCACUGCAGGACUCACCCCACCCACAACACCACCCCACAAACCUGUGGAGGAGGAGCUCUUCAAGCCUGAGGGCAAAGCCGAACUACCUGGCAAGGGCUUGUGCCCAGUGCGGACACAUGUGCGGAAGCUUCCGGAGCAGACGGAGCUGUACGCCCAGCUGCGGCGCAUGGGUCCGACGGGCGAGAGCCAGAGCAAGGGCGCCUACAGAGACCAUGACUACUGCAUGCUAAACAUAGGGGAGAGCCACAAAAGGAUUGCUGCCAUCCUCCCAGUGCCUGUCUGCUACACUAAGGUCCAGGAGGGAGAGGAGGACAAGAUGGGGGAGGAAAACGGGCAGGAGGAGACAGAGGCCCAGCAGGCUGAUUUGCCCCCCGACUUCUCCCCACGCCAACCUGCGGAGACAGGACAGCCCUCGCCUGCCUGCUCACCCACUUCUGAGGCUGAGGCUGAGUGCCCAGACUCAUGCCAGCCACCCUCACCCUGCCAUCAGAUCAACCUCAGCUGUGAGAGCCACUGUGACAAGCAGAGCAAUAACACUACACAUGGACAAGAGGAGGAUGGGGACAAGUGCCAAGUAUUCUACAUUCACAAUCUGCCGAGCAGCGUCACACAGGCUGUCCUGCGCAAACGCUUCAAGGCCUUUGGCGACCCAGAGGACUGCCGGGUGCUCAUCAAAAACGAGGAGCGCUGUGGAGUCAUCACUUUUAGGCAGAAUCAGAAUGAGCUGAGUCAGAAGCACAGGCGACAUGACUCUCUGGGUCAGUACGCUGGAAAUGGCAGUCGGAGGUUCAGCAGGAAGCGGUACAUAGAUCUGGAUGAGGCAGGUCCAGGCCCAGUGAAGAGCAAGUAUGACUCUCUGGACUUUGACACUUUGCUUAAGGAGGCCCAGAGGAGUCUACACCGCUGAUACGCCUUACUGACAGCUCAGCGAUCCUCGCUCCUGAGCCACCUCACAACCUCAGCCCAGACUCCACCUCAUGUUUACAUUUUUGAACAUUGAAUUCGGGAAAAAAUUGGACCUUCUUAUUGAGGCCGGAGUGCUUCUGAGGCAUGAGGACGAAACCAAGAAAUGAAACAACAACAGAAAGAAAUGUGUGGACGUCAAACACUAGUGGCCUCUGAGCGGCCCUGGCUUUCUGUAGCAAACCCUUGCUCUCUCCGUUUGGUCGUUGUGACGUCUGUAUGUGUGUUGCUUUUUUUGCUUAGUUUUUGUAACCUUUUGUCACUUUUUCGGUGGAACUGCAACUUUCACCAUUUUGUCGUACAAAUAUAUAAAUGAUAAUUGCUUUAUAUUAGCAAAACUUUGUGGAUGUUCAACUGUGUGUUACAAUGACAAAUAGUGGGGGAGGGACAAACGACAAAAAAACUCCUUACAACGUAGAGUUUACAAAUCAAAAAGGAACGAAAAAAAAAUCUUUGUCUUUUUUUUGUCAUUUUAGUGCUUCCUUAUUUCAUCUAUGCACUCAAACGAGGUAGUGCUUGUGGUUUUCUUGCCUCUCCCCUCCUUCUAUGGUUGGGUUCUUGCUGCUGGCUGCCACAUAUAACAAGCAAUGGAGCCCGAAGACCUGACCAACUUUACUGUACUACUGUACAGCUGCACCAUUCACAUUUACCCGUCACGUCCACAAUGCUAUCAGUGUGUCAGGUUCUAGGUAUGCAAUCAUUGCACUUGGAUGUCCUAUUUAGAAUGGAAAAAAAAAAAAAAAAACGGAUGACCAUUACGUUAGAAAACUCUGCUAGAAAAAUGUGGUCUCUCAGUAGAAUGUAUCCCUCGAGGAUAUGAAUGUUGAUCAGUAUCAGCUAGUAACACAUCCCAUCAACUCAAUAGCCAUCGGAAUAAGAUGAGUGUCUACGGGUAGAGAGAAGGGCCGUGGAAAUCCGGGAGGAAGUUAUUUCUAAAGCUCAAUCUCCCGAGAGAUACCAGUGUAUCUCUAUGUUGUUUACAUCUCCCUCUCUCACAUGCUCUCUCUAUACUCAGUUUUUCUACUCUCUCCUAUCUAAUAGGGGAAGGUCUUCGGGUUUUUCUAGCUCUUGCCUCGUACUUUAAACUCUUAAUCGUUCUCUGUCUGUGUUUGGAGUGUAAAAGUGUACCCACGUGUAUCUGAGUGUGCCGUCUCUGUGUUUUCUCGGGUCCAGGGAUGAGCUCAGCCCGCAGAUUGAUGAAGCUGGGAGACAGUCACUCUCUGCUUUGUUUUUAUUUUUAAAUUUGGGGGUUAUGACUCUAUCCUGUAGAUCCUGUAUAGUGGAGCCAUGUGCUUUUAAAUGUGUGUGUGUGUGUGUGUGGGUGUGUGUGUUUCUUAUGCAUGAUCCCUGCCUCACCUGUUUUAACCAAUCACCUCCUCAGUAACACACCAGGAAACUGAAUGUUUACAUCAUUUGAAUCCUUCUUUGACUGUAAUCAAGCGCACACUAAGUACAACACGCCUUAUUCAGCAUUAAGGCUACUCUAUCAGGAUGUGCCUUUUUGGCCGACCCAAGAUAAUCGUUCGUACACACUUUUCGUAAUACCCACACCAUUUAAAAUAAAAACCCAAAUGAGUGUUUGUUCUUAGUAUGUAUACUACUGAAGGAGGAUAAUGUGCUGUUUACAUGACUAUAUAUAGAUCUAUAUAUACAUAGGUAUAUAAUCUGUACAUAGCUCUGUGUCUAAUGUAAACAUGACUUGUAUGGUUACGUGUUGUACAGCCAUAUGUUCACGUGUGUGUUCAAAAACAGGCGUGUCAGGGUGUCUACUAGGGCAAAGGUGUAUUAAUGAUGCAAGCGUGUGGUGAGGAUUUAAGUUUGAGCAAUACAGGGAAGCACGAAAAGGGACGUGGCUUCAAAAGUCAAAUUCUGUUGUAAAAAGUAUCCCUUUAGAAGAUGAUGAUGAACUAUUUUCUGUUCUUUCUUUGUUUUUUUUAAUUAUUGUAAUAAAAUAAUUAUUUUUUAAAAAAAGAUUUAAGAUGCAAUACGUGUCAUCAGACAGUCUUUCUCCUAAACUAAAGGAUUUAUUCAGAAAAUUAUUUGCCGAUCUUUGAGAUCCUGUCCUUUAUGUCUCAGUGAAAUAUUGAGAAGUGGACUGUAGUACCAUUAACAGCUUCUCAUUAACUAAUCUGCAAGAUGUAGUUCCCUUGACUUUGAGGGUUGUGUAUAAUAUUGCCACCAAAUCCCUAUCACGCAGUAGUGAACUUGUAUGACUCGGAUUUCUGAUUGGUUUUGUGUGUGUGUGUGUGUGUGUGUGUGUGUGUGUGCGUGUGCGUACAUGAGUGUGCAAGUGUGUUUCAUAGGACUACUGGAGUGGGGCAUUGUUGGUCAGGACUCGGACACUCUAAUGGGUCACAUGAAGGUCUUACAGACAGUCGCGUCAGGAGAGCCUUAAACCAAUAGGGGGAAAACAGCUAUUAAGCUUUUAUUAAUAAUCUCUAUUGUCCUUUAAAAGUCCAAUCUGUUUUCUUAAGUGAACUUUUUCAAUACAGCCAUACAAAAAGAUAUAUAGAGUACAUAUAUAUGAAUCUAUAUGUAUUUGUGUUGGUGUAGAUAUAUAUAUAUAUAUAUAUAGAAGAUAUAAUUUCUUAUAGAAUUUUCACCAUUUAUUCAACGUUUGAAAGCACUUCAAUACAUUUCAACAUAUGGUGUCAAUCUAGAAUGUACAGACUGAGAUAAUCCAAAUGAAAGGGAAAAAAAACUCCCAAAGGGAACCCUCUUUAAAUGCAAUACAUCUCCAUUUUAGCAAUCACUAUUUGACCAAAAAGUAUACUUAAUGUGUGUAUAGGAAAAGUGCAGUACCGCAUUGAAUCUGUCUCAUGAGUGAAUGUCAUGACUGGCCUGCUUGGCCCUUGUGUGUACGAGAGCAAGUGUGUUAGUGCAUCUGUGUUUUCAUUGCUACAGUAAGAAGUGUAAGGAAAGAGACAAAUCUUCUCACUUUAUAACCAUGUCAUAUCCUUGGUCAGAAAAUAUCGCAAUAUUGGAAAAAAUUCGCCAUUUAAAUCUCUGAUUGUUUUAUCAAAAAAAAAAAAAUCUAUAUACUCUACAUCAUGAUCGUAAAUAUCAAAAUCCAGUCCCAUCGUGUGUUUAUUUGGUGCCGAAGCCUCAGCGAACAGAGCAUCUGAUGUCUUUGUGAAUCCAUGAAGCCAGUGACGGUUGUAGUCUUGCUGCUUCAGUAUCGUGUGUUUGGUGGAAACGAAAACAGCGUCAAAGGGCAUACAUUGAUUUCUUUGUUGUUUCAUUUCUAUUGAAUUUUUUUGUCUUUACAUCUAAUGACUAUCAAACUCACUAUGAUUUUCCUUUUUUAAUGUAGUUUUUUGGAAUAUGGUAAAUACUUCUAGUAAGAUUUUAUAUUUUUACAUAUAUUGGUUUUAUUUUGAGUCUUUUUUUGGUUUUUUUUUUGUUUGUUUGUUUGUUUGUUUUUGGGUUUUUUUUAAUUUAUAUGCCACUUAGCUUGAAUGUCUUUUAAUGGUGUUUUUUUUUUUUCUUUGUAUUGUGUGAUUUCAUAUGUCUUGAGAAUGGAGACAAAUGCAUUUCAGUAUUUUUGAAUUGUUGAAAUCUAGUUUCACAGAUUAUCUAUACGGUGGAAAUUAUCUGAUGUUAUAAAUUAUAUUUUAAUUCAUGUAAAUAGUUGGAAAAAAAAAGAUGAUGGCUUCCUUUUAAACUGAAUACAUUUCUCUUCUGAGAUUGUUUACAUUAUUAAACUGUAGAAACUGAUCCUCAUAUACUGUAAAAAAAAAAAAACAUAUAUUCAUUGAUUUGGCUCCAGACAAUAAAAAAGUCCUAAUGAACACUGACAA